AUGCCACGCAACCUUGAGAGACUGAGAGCUCCCACGCAGACAGGCAUGCAGGCAGCCCAGUAUGGGACUGGAAGCUGGGGUUUGGCGAGCACAGAAAGUAACCAUCCGGCAGGGUCCAAUGGGGAAACAAGAGGAGAAGGAGAACGGAAACAAGGAAACAAGGAAACGGAAGCAGCACACAGCACAGCACAGCACAGCACAGUGCAGAUACACAUGGACAAAUGCGGUGCCCAACCUAACAUCCCAUUGCAUUCAGAUCGACAUUUGACAAUAUGCCCGAUUCAACGGAAUGAAAGGUCCGCAUGCUUCAACAAGAAAGCGAACUCUGAAAAGUUUUACUUGAAACGAAUUAUUGUUUUUCGUUUUGCUAGUUCUCAUUGGGGUUUAUUAUCAGAGAUCGCGAUCUCUGAGCCUGAGAAGGUCGAAGCAUGGGUUGGAAGAGAAAAAUGUCUUGACAACGGAGUGUCUAGUCUAAAAAAGAGCGACCUACCUAGCCCACACGUCACGCUAUCGAUGGGUUGCAGAGGACAGCACUCUUGUCCAUCGAAUCGAAACAAACUCCACCAGUCUCACCCUCGUCAAGAGUCUCAAGCAACCGAAUUGGCACUGGCUGGUAUUGUCGUUUUAGCUGCUACACAACGGCAACACACAGAGUAUCAUCUCAUCUAG